CGGGAGAUGCAGCAGACAGCAGCUCAAACAGCUCAAGCGCUCGGCUCACAAUCACCGGCAGCGGCAGCGGCAUCAUGGUUCUCAUCUGGACUCAGUUCGGCGUCAAACACAAGAAUGUCAAGUGCAAAGUGCGAGUGAUCCACGGAGAGGAGGGAUGGACCUCAGAGGAGGUGCGUGAGGAACCCGAAGUGUCUAGCCCCCCGUCCUCUCCGGAGUGUGUGGAUUACUACUCUGUGCUCGGCGUGUCGAGUGACUCUAACGAGGAGGAGAUCAGACGGGCGUACAAGCGUCUGGCGCUCCGUUACCACCCAGACAAGAACUCAGACGCAGACGCCGAGGACAAAUUCAAACAGAUUGCACAAGCCUACGACGUUCUGACGGACCCAGAGAAACGCAGUGUCUAUGAUCAACAAGGUUUGACCAAAGGGGGCGUGACCCCAGCUGGGAACAAAAGCGACCCCUCCCACAGCUCCUCGAAAGCCGACGCCCACUCCUGGCGCGUGUUCUUCAACUUCGAGCUCGACUCCGACGACGACCUGUUUAACCCCUUCCUGAGAAACCCCCUGCCCAACCUCAGCCGGCAGCACGGAAACAGGGGCGGGCCUAAGCCGUCGGGCGCGGCCGAAGUUCACGAGCUCCUCGUGUCACUGGAGGACAUUUUGGUGGGCGUGACGAAGCGCGUGAAAGUGACUCGCCUCCGGCAGACAGACAAACACGCGCUGAGGCCGGAGGAGCGCGUGUUCGACGUGGAGGUGAAGAAGGGCUGGAAGGAGGGCACCAGGAUCACCUUCCCCAAGGAGGGCCAUCAGAUGCUCGGCCACGCCCCUAACGACCUGGCCUUCGUUAUCAAGGAGAAGCAGCACGCCCAUUUCAGACGAGACGGCUCGCAUAUUGUGUACACCGCCACCAUCACGCUGCGAGAGGCUCUGUGUGGGUGUACGGUUAACGUCCCCACGCUUGACGGACAGACGAAGCCCCUCCCAUGCAGUGACGUCAUCAAGCCCGGCUCGUUGAGGAGGCUUAUAGGGGAGGGGCUUCCGCGGGCCAAGAACCCCGCCCAGCGCGGAGACCUGCUGGUCGAAUUCCAAGUGGUUUUCCCUGACCGCAUUCCCCCGAGCAGCAAAGAAAUCAUCAAACACAGCUUGGGACAGUGUUAGCUGAAGAAACCCAUCUGAUUCGGCGGUUUGUCUCUGUGAGGCACACGCACUCGAGUGUGAGACGGGAUGCUCACACAGACUCAUUGCAUAUGGGUAUGUAAUACCUGCGUACAGAGACGAGGUGUUUGAGAAAACACGCCUGCACUGAGGGUGCUUCUCUGAAGUGUUAGCAUACUUCUUUAACCAUGACGACCUUGUACUCACGUACAGAACUGUCAGUGAUUUAGUCUCUAUGAGAGAUCCCUGUGUCAUGUUCCAAUGAAUUAUUUGUAUAGAGAAAAUGUGGAUUUCAGAUAUGACCUGGCAUGUAUGAUGAACGCAUGUUUUGUAAGCAGAAAUAAAGUUUUAUUAAUGAAA